AAUCUAUUUACUGCGAACCUGCUGCAACCUUGCUAGACAGACAACUUUGUGAAAACUGAAAAACCUGAAGGAGUUCAUGGGCUAAGGGAUCAAAAUGAUCUCCUUCAGCUGCUUGAGGCUGUCCACUGCAAAGGGGACGAGACAAGUAUUUACCUUAGCGGUAAAAACACCACAGACAAAAAGCGAAAUACUGAAAUCUAAAUCUGCUCUGAAAGAAGUGGUACGAAGGAUUUCAUUGUCAAAAGUGGUACAUGGAGAUUAUCCUAGUUUUUGGGGCCCCGGCCAUAUUGGUGUCCCAAGAUUUGGACCCAGACUAAAGGAUUUUCAUUUUCAUGAUCACAUACUUCAGUAUGCAUGGAUUGCUGCAGUUCCAGUCGCCUUGAUGGGGCUUUACAGCCUGUAUAUUGGUCCAGCUGAAUUAAAAGACAUCCCUGAAGGUUACGAGCCCCGUCACUGGGAAUAUUACAGAACUCCUGUUCAGAGAUUUAUGCACAAGUGGCUGUACCAAUCUUAUGAACAAGCAUAUGAGAGAAACCUCCACAUCCUUGACCUUAAGUAUAGGAAGGCCGAAUCGAAGAAAAAAUAUUGGAUUGUAAGCAAUCACAUGCGGUACAACUUUAGAUACAAGGGAUGGUACUACCUAAUCGAUAGAAGAAUUGAGGAUGUAUUGAUGUUUGAUGAACUCGAGAAAAAGCAUGGCAUGUUCAGAGAAUAUUUCUACGGACGACCCCCUAUGGAUAGGUCAAACCCUACAGAUCGUCAUAUGUAAAAAACAAUUUGUGAAGAUUAAAGUAUUGUUGACAACUA